GUGCCUUAUGCUGCUUGGUUUUAGGGAAUAUUUCGGUGGUUUCGACGGUAUACCACCUCGAGGAAGGUAGUGGUUUAUCGUCGACAAUAUAAAAGCAGUGUCGGCCCGGUGUCUGCUAGUUCUUUGGGCGGCUAACGAAAGUAAAAGCUAUCCUCCACGAUGCGUUCCCUCAUCAUCCUGUGCUGCCUGGCCGCGGGCGCGCUCGCAGCUGACAAGUACAACCCGAAGUACGACAACUUCGACGUGGAGACGCUGAUCUCCAACGACCGCCUGCUGAAGUCAUACAUCAACUGCUUCCUGGAGAAGGGACGGUGCACGCCUGAGGGAUCCGAUUUUAGAAAGGCCCUCCCAGAAGCAGUGGAGACGAUCUGCGCGAAAUGCACCGAGAAACAAAAGACGAACAUCAAGAAGGUGAUCAAGGCGAUCCAGCAGAGACACCCCAAGCAGUGGGAGGAACUCGUGAAGAAGAACGACCCCACCGGCAACCACCGCGACCAGUUCGAGAAGUUCAUCCAUGACAAGAGCUAAAUAUGAAAGGAGGGGAUGUUUUAGUUGAUAGGGUUAUAGCUCUCUAAGAGGCUCGGGUUUUAGAACCAAUCUCAGCGAUGGUAAAGCAUAGGAUUAAUCGGUUUGAAAAUAAAUACUCUAGGAAUCUAUACGACUCAUAGGGUAAAUAAUCUCUUGAGAUUUAUUUACAGUUGAGAUUGGGUCUAGAAUACGAGUCAAAGGCGUCUUCCACACCAUCGUUACCAAAAUUGGAAUUAUUUAUUUCUUUCAACGAUCGAGACACAAAUGUAUCUCGUUUCGGAGACACUGUUACUCAAAGAUUUACUUUUAAGGACUGAUAUAGUAAUAUAAAUAGUUAUGUAAUGUU